AUGAAUCCAAUUCUGGGAGACACGAUGUACACUAGCUCGGCACCCAAUGGAACCUCGGUGUCCGUCAAAAUCGCACAGUAUCUGCUAGAGAACAGUCCGGCAUUCCAAGAACUCUUUCUUCUUCGUCAGAAGGGUUGGGAGACCUCAGAGAGAGAUCAGUAUUUCCAUAAUCGUCGUGCACAAUCCGACAACGCCAGUAGAAAGCAGAUGCGCCGCUUCUUCCACAUGACAUGUGAGAUCGGAGAAGAGAUGGACAGGGAAACAUCCGUCAUUACACUUACGGCGACUGAUAGCGAUACGCCCCCGAGGGUCUUGGAUAUAGGUAUGGCUCCAGGUGGAUUCACUAAGACGAUGCUUCGUAGCCAUCGUGACGUCAAGAUACGGGGAAUCAUACUCCCACUAGAGCUCGGAGGCCUCGAAGUCAUGCUUCCGCGGUGGAAGACUGACUCGAAAAUCUUUUUAGAGUUUCUCGAUGUCACGAUGUUGGCAGAGGAGAUGGGACGGUCGAUAAAGUCCAUACCAACCAAACACACGGAUGUCGCAAGAUUCUCUUCAAAAAGACCGUAUCAAGGCGAAAUCUUUGACCUCGUAUUUUGUGGCGCAACUGCUCAACGUGCGCAUGCUCGUGCCGACUAUCGUGAGUCAAGUGAGCGACUACAGUUAGUGACGAGCCAGCCAAUUCUCGCACUUCAACGUCUCCGCGACCACGGAUCAUUGGUCUUAGUGUUGCACAAGCCAGAGGCUUUCAACACCGCUGAUGUUAUCCGGACAUUCACAAGGUUCUCAAGUGUGAGCCUUUUCAAGCCUGGAAAGAAGCAUGCAAUCCGUUCCUCAUUCUAUAUGGUGGCAACGAAAGUGGAAACACAGAGUAAAGAGAUGCAAGCGUCUAUCGUUAAAUGGAAGAAGCAAUGGGAGAAUGUAACUUUCCAGUCAGACGACGCUCUCUCGACCUGUUCCCGCGUAUCCGAGGAUCAAGCCUGCGAGAUGCUGGCAGAGUUCGGACCACAGCUUAUCAGUCUUGCCACGUCGGUACGGAAAAUCCAAGCUGAUGCUCUUCGAUCUGCACCAUUUAUCAAAGGUUUAAAGAGCACCAUGGCCAGAGAUCUUGCGUCGAAGACAGGAUGUAUUGAAUGA